GCUUCGUCAGUUGAAGGACACCUGCAGCGAGGUCUGUGCGUUUUGGAAGAUUGAAAUCAUGGCAGGUCCAGAAACUGAUGCCCAGUACCAAUUCACUGGUAUCAAAAAAUAUUUCAACUCUUACACUCUCACAGGGAGAAUGAAUUGUGUACUGGCCACAUACGGAGGUAUUGCUUUGAUAGUUAUAUACUUUAAGUUAAGGUCUAAAAAAACUCCAGCUGUGAAAGCAACAUAAACAGAUUCUCAACUGUAUCUCAUCUGUUAAGUUCCCAUGCUUGAAGAAGCUA